AGGCGUUUGCUUCAAACCAAAGGGGUGCCGGAGUUCGGCGCCAUUUCAUAAGUCUCGCAUCAACCGCACGGCAGGCUUGCUUCCUUGCCGUUGACGCCGCAACUUUGACAAUGCUUGUGUUGAGCCAAGGGCGCCACGCGCAGUCCCACAACGGCUAGGGAAACAGUAGCGAAUAGUUAUCGAUCUAGCAAGUAGUAAGCAGAAACUUAUGCAGUAUAAAAACGUGAGAGCGUGGAGAAUCUGGGGAAACAUGGAGAUAAUCUGGGGUCUGAAGGCGUGGAGAAAAGGAGACUGGGGAAGAGGACUCCCCGAUGACGAAAACUGCGGUGAUCGAUAGCCGCGAUCAGGAGACUAGAGCCGGGAUGAAACUGGAUCUGGGGCUCUAAGCGCUGGAUAGGGUUGCGAUACGCUCUGUCCUAUAUGGAUGGCGAGGAAAAGGAGCACGAGAGCCCUGUGAGCCAGGAACAUGCCGAGUUGGCAAGGGAAGGUCGAGGAGUUUUUGAUAUCGAUGAGAGACCCACUAAUAAAUUGAGCGCUGUUUUCGAGAACCCCCUAGCCGGUGUACCUCGCGAGCGAUUAUUCGAGGACGUGGAGAAAUUCUGUAAACAGUUUGGUCUUGAAGAACAUGUCGAAACCUUUCAGAAGGGUGCUCUUGUCUCGCAGAAUCCGUCAGGGGCGCAAGACCUCGUGGAGCUGUCACAGGAGGAAAAAGAAUUCCUGCGCCGAGAAUAUACAAACAAAUGGUCGCAGCCAUGGCAACUUUAUUUUAUGGCCGCUAUGUGCUCAUUAGCUGCUGCGGUGCAAGGAAUGGACGAGACUGUCAAUAACGGAGCCCAAGCAAUUUAUCUCAAGAGACUGAACGUCACUACCGAGCGAUUUUCGAAGAACAUGGUUGAUAGUCUAACUGGCCUCAUCGUGGGAGCUCCAUACCUUGCUUGCGCAGUGCUGGGUUGCUGGCUUACGGAACCUCUGAAUAGAUAUUUCGCCCGGCGUGGAACAAUAUUUAUAUCUUGUGCCAUAGCCGCGGUGGCUUCUAUUUGGGAAGGUGUGGCCAACUCAUGGGUGAAUCUCUUCAUAGCUCGUUUCGUCCUUGGUCUCGGAAUCGGCUCGAAGUCAUCCACAGUACCAGUAUACGCAGCAGAAUGCUCCCCUCCGCCUAUUAGAGGAGCCCUGGUCAUGAUGUGGCGGAUGUGGACUGCUUUCGGUAUUAUGCUUGGGAACAUCAUGGGUGUGGCAUUCAUGAGUCUCUCUGAUGAUCUCUCAUGGCGUCUUAUGUUGGGUUCCACCGUGGUUCUGCCCGUAAUCGUCUGCGCCCAAGUUUACUUCUGUCCUGAGUCUCCCAGAUGGCUUAUCGAACAUGGCAAGAUCAACAAAGCCUUCCAGUCGUUCCGAGUGUUAAGAAACAGUGAUAUCGAAGCUGCGCGUGACCUCUAUUAUGCGUAUGUUGGCGUUGAGCUUGAGAAGAAUGUCAACAAGGGCAAGAACUUUUUCACCAUGUUUAUGGAGCUGUUCACAGUUCCCCGCAACGCUCGUGCGACAUUAGCCAGCUGGAUCGUCAUGUUCAUGCAGCAGUUCUGUGGAGUAAACGUGAUCGCGUACUACAGCACUACUAUUGAAUGUGAUGAUUCGGGAUAUAGCAUCCAAUCGGCACUCCUGGCCUCAAUGGGGACUGGCAUACUCAACUGGGUCUUUGCCCUUCCGGCAUUUUUCACUAUUGACACCUGGGGACGGCGCAAUCUGCUACUGUUCACUUUCCCCUUCCUUGCGAUCACCUUCAAGAAGAGACUCGCCAUGGUCACGACGGGAAUGUAUUUAUUCGAGGUGUUUUACUCACCGGGAGAAGGGCCCGUACCAUUUACAUAUUCAGCCGAAGCCUUUCCACUACACGUCCGGGAGGUAGGCAUGUCAUGGGCCACAGCCACGACUUGGUGCUUCAAUUUCGUCCUAUCAUUCACGUGGCCCCAUCUUGUGAAUGCGUUCCAACCUCAGGGAGCGUUUGGAUGGUACGCUGCCUGGUGUAUUGUGGGAUGGUUCCUUGUGCUGCUGUUCGUCCCAGAGACGAAAGCUCUCACUUUGGAGGAAUUGGACCAGGUAUUCUCUGUCCCUACAAGCAAGCAUGCCGCCUAUCAGGUUAGAAAUGCAAUCUGGCACUUCCGUGUUUGGGCCCUUCGUCAGAAGCUUGAACCUCUACCUCCAUUCUAUCAAGGUGCAGAGAAUCUCAAUGAUUCAUGA